UUUUAUUAUCUCUGAUGUAGAGAGAUUAACAGCUCUGGCAGGAAAUGAAGCAUUUCUGUUAAAGUGACAAACUGAAGACAGUGUGUCAGAGCUAAGCCAAGAAAGCCUUAUUUCUAAAUGAUUUAAAAUGUCUGCAGUUGAAAAUUUGAGAAAGGUUAUCAACGAGCGACUAAAUGCUGCUGUGGAGGAAAUAUUAGUAGUUUGUGAGCACACUAUAGUUGUGUACGAGGAGAAGAUCGUCCGUCAACGCAGAUUGCUGGAUUUCCUUUUGAAGCCUGACAUAAAGCUACACAGGAUAGAGCUCAAACAGCAACUAGUCUGUAAGCAGGAGGAGAAUGAAGUACUUCUUGAUCAGCAGCUCUGUAUUAAGAAGAGGAACUCCAUUUUGGAUCAAGAGCCUGCAAAGAUUAAAGAAGAACAGGAGGAACUGUGCACCAUGGAGGGAGAGCAGCUCGUACUGAAGCAGGAGAGUGCAGCAGAGGAACAUCCCCUUGACAAAAUUCGUAUUGUGUGGGUGAGAUCUGAAUCUGACAGGAAUAACUCUGUUGUAUCAGAGCAGAGAAGUGGCAAACGGCUCCUCCCCAACACCUCUCAAGUAACAGAUAAUCAAGACCACAGAAGAAAAAAACAUGGAAAGGAAACACAAAAAACAAAUACAACAUCAAAACCUAAGCAGCAGAAAGGUGCAUCCAUUACAACAAUGGCAAAUAGUUGCGGAAACACAUUGUCAACUACAAAUUCUGAGCCAAAACCAAAGAAGAAACAUAAUGAAGAGAAAGCAUCAAGUACACAUUCUGAGCCAAAACUAAAGAAAAAACCUGAUGCAGGGAAAGCAUCAAGUACAUGUUAUGAGCCAAAACCAAAGAAGAGAAAUAAUGAAGAGAAAGCAUCAAGUACACAUUCUGAGCCAAAACCAAAGAAAACAAAUAAACAUAGUGAUGGAAGAUCAGCUGCAAUUAUUGAGCCAAAGCCCACAAAUAAAUGUAACAAGGUCUAUCCCACAUUGACCACAAAUCAUGCCCCAACAACUCAAGAUACACAUUACAAAGGGAACACAACAUCAGCAGACACUACUGAGCCAAAUCCCCAGAACAAACCUUGCAAGUGCGACGAAUGCGGCAAAGCAUUUUCUCAUUUCCGUGACUUAAAAGUUCACAUGAGAAUCCACACGGGGGAAAGGCCUUUUGAAUGCAGCUACUGCGCAAGGAAGUUCGUCCAGAGUUCUGCUUUGAGACGACAUAUAAAAACUCACACUGGAGAAAAGCCCUUCCAAUGCAAAUCAUGUGGGAGAAAGUUUGCCCAGAUGUCUUCGGUAACCAAGCACAUGAGAACUCACACAGGGGAGAAGCCCUUUGUUUGCAUCACCUGUGGAAGAGGAUUCAGCUGCAAAGUGAAUAUGCAGAAGCACAUGAGGAUUCACACAGGUGAGAAGCCCUACACCUGCAGCGCCUGCUGGAAGGACUUUGCAGACUACUCAUCGCUGAAAUGUCACACUCGACUGCACACAGGGGAGAAGCCUUAUCAAUGCCCUCAAUGUAAGGAAAGAUUCACAGUCAGCACAACUUUGAAAAAGCACAUAAGAACCCACACAGGUGAAAGGCCAUAUAAGUGCAACACUUGUGGAAACAGUUAUUUUCAAAGAAUACACUUGAAAUUACACCUCAGGGUUCACACAGGCGAGAACCCGAACAAAUGCAGCGUCUGUGGAAAACAGUGCAGAAGCGGAGCAAAGCUGAAAAUUCACAUGAGGAUUCAUACUGAUGACGCUCCGAGCAGCAGUUCUGUAAAGUUGUAAAUGCAUAUCAUGAAAAAAGUCAUCAUUAUGUAACAAAAGGGCUUUUUUUUUAGAUCUUAUAAAAAGUGUUCUCUUAAACUUAAAGAAAAUUGGCCCUUGAAAUAGUGUUGGAGCUGUUUGAGCUCACAGGCCCCUGAAUCACACAUAUGUGAUAUCGACAAUGAAUGGAUAAAAAAUGUUUUGGCCUAGAAUCAGCUGCUCCCUUCAGUAUUACAGGAUUUUAAUAACCCUCUAUGAUCAACAGAUUACUCAAAAUGCCUCUGUAGAAAACAACUCAUGGUCCCAUUCUGCCAUCAUGUGGUCCUUUAUAUAUUUGCAAUAUAUCAUUUACAUAUAUAUUUUUAUUUGCUUUCAGGUGAUAUUCGGUGUGGUGGGUUGUGUGUUAUUUGCAAAUUGCUUGUAGAUUUGUAUGCUGUCAAUAUCCGCUUGUAUUGCUAUCCCUGUGCAACAUUUCCAUUGGUAUCUACUCUUUUUUGUUUGGUGUUUUUGGUGUGUUUGCAUUAAAAUGAUAUUAUGUGUCUUAA